UUCCGCUAAGCGGAUCCCGGGCGUGUAAAACAGCGGAGAAGAAGAAGCUGAGCGCAGUUCCGCAGAGCGGGUGGCAGCGCGCCGAGUCGCCCGAGUAAACCGUUAUUAUUAUUAUAAUAUUUAAUAUUUUUAUUGAUUUCAUGAUGUUUUAACGGAAGUUUCCGAGCGUGUGAAAUGGCGCUGGAGUGGCGAGAGGCGGCGGAGCGGGUGGAUGUUUACCUCAGAGAGCUGCUCUCCUCCGGCCUGCUGCUCCUGCGCGCCGAGCUCGGAGUGGAUGUGGGGCUGAGAGCCGAGCUGCUGCCGCCGGGGAUACUCGCGUUGUGUGGCGGCGGGACUCGGCUCCUGCUCGCUGCGCUCCUCUGGUUCUCCGUCUGUCGGUGCUUCUCUAAAAAACCCGCAGAGAAAGUUGCACCUGAGACGGGGAAGACCUCCAAACCCAAAUCCGAGGAGGUGAAGAAGAGGAGCAGAAAGAGAGGAGGAGGAGAUAAGAAAGUGCAGCGGAACGGCCUGGCAGUUGACCUGGAGGAGGAACUGAAGCCAGCGGAGGCCCAGAACCAGAGCGAGAGUCCAGAUCCAGCUGGGGGUAAAAGCGAUAAGGGAAAGAAGAACAAGAAGAAGGCAAAAGCGCCAGUGAAGGAAACAAAGUCCCCAGCGACGUCGGAGCGCAAAGAGCCUGAGGAAGGAACCUGGGAGACUAAAGUGAGUCAGCGGGAGAAGCGACAGCAGCGGAGGAAGGAUAAAGGAGGAGGAGAUGAAUCGGGCAGUCCUGGAAGAACGGAGUCCAGCACGAACGCUACAAACGCAGAGCACACGGCCACUGUGGAGGAACCCAACAUCAUCGCAACGCCAUCUGUCACCUCCAAGACCUCAAACACCAAGAGCUCCACCAAGAACACCAAGACCACCAGCACUCCUGGAGCUAAAGCUCAGAAGAACGGUCAGAGAACCCAGCAGGCAGCUCCACCUGGAGAACAUGAUGUUCCUGUUGCUGAAGUGGCUCAUGCUGUCAUUCCACCAGUGUCUCAUGCGUGGGAUGUGAUGGCUGUGAAUGGAUCAGGAUCUUGGGAUCUGGGCGUGUCGGUUCCUCCUCACACACAGACCUGGAACAGUGUGAAGUCUGAACCGUCUGUCUGGCCUCAGGACAUGGAGGGCUCGUGGAUGAUCGUGGACGAUUCUCACAUUCCAGUGUCUCUCCGUGGAAUGACUGCAGGUGUUGAAACGCAGGUUGUUCCUGAGCGACCCUGGGCGUGUCCAGCUCCUGUGGAUGAUGAGUGGUCUGGACCCAACAGAGGUUCUGCAGAUCCAGGAUCAGAUUACUGUGCCCCGUGUGAGGAGUGGGGAAAUUACGAGGAGCCUGCAGGUGGCGCUGUUUCUCCUGAUGAGCCUCAGGACUCCGAUCCGGAAAAGGACAAAGACGAACCUGUGGCCCCGGGAAGCAGCAAAGCCAAGAAGAAGAAGAAGAAGAAAAAGAAGAAAGUGGAGGAGGCUGGAAGCGCUGCUCAGGUGCAGGUGGAAGUGGGCGUGACUAAAGACCAGAACACUGCAGGGAACAUUUUGCCUAAAACCCCAAGAGAGCUGGAAAUUGUGGCUCCUCCUCGAGUCCUGCUGAAACCCACUGAACCUGAGGCUCCGCCCAAAAGCACAGCUCCACCCACUCAGAAGAAACCUGAGGAGAGCUGGGAAUCUCCGAAACAGGUCAAGAAGAAGAAGGCGCGGAGGGAAACAUGAGUGAGAGCAGAUUUCGGGAAGAAACGUCGAAAUGCAAACGUCCAGGAUUUCAGAGACUGAGAGUCGUGCUUCAGGUGGAUUAGCGCGCCAGCGUGAGCGCGAGUCUCCGUGCAUUCGGACAGCGCGCGGUAACAUCUGUCCUGCGGGCGCGCUGUACAUCAGGCAUGUGCUGAUGAUCGUUUCAUAUCGCAAUAGAUAUCUGGCUAACAUUUUAUCACGGUAAACGAUAAUAUCAUGAAAUCCGAGAAUUUCUUCUUUGGAAUAAAGAUGGCUUUGAGUCUUUAAAUUGUUUGAUGUAUUGUUCCGAUAAUCAGCACGUACCUGAUGUACACGCGACUGUCUUUUCCCCCUUUUUGAACGAUGUAGGCUAAUUUACAAUUCUGUAGUGAUUCUAAUCAGAUCAUUUUUGAGGGGGGGGAAAAAAGUCCACGUUAUCAUUUAUCUACAACUGUAGUCAAUCAGGUUUUUGUAUUUUUAGUUUGAGAGUCCUGUGACGUUGCUGUAUCUCACGCGUUAUAGACGUCCAUCAUCCCCAAUGAUUUCCAUCCAGUCGCUCAAAACCAGUCAAACUCUGUGAUUGUCUUUUUAAAAAAAAAAAAGUUUGCUAAGACUGUUUACACAUUUAUAGUUUAAUGGUUAAUUUUAAUGUCCGGUGGAGCCUAGAGGGGCGGAGUCAUACAGUAAUUACAUCUCAUCAAUUACAUUUAGUGUAAACGACACGGUGGACGCUUCAUUUUUAGCCGUUAUGUUUCUGAAGGACUGAAGUUGCAGCAGUAAAAGCCAUAUGUGGAACAUUUAGACAUGACUUCUGUUGAACCAGUGUGGUAAGCUCCGCCCACUCCCCCCUCAUUUGCAUGUGCAAUUUGUUUUUAACUCGUGUGUUCCAAAUGUGGAGUGUAAAAUCAAGUCACAUGAUCGAGUGAUGUUUCGCUAGACUUCACGCUUGGGGCUUAUUUUUUUCGGUGACUUGACGGAACUCUGAUGCCUUAUCGUGGCGUCUGCGCAGUGACGGCGUCGCGCCGUCUGGCCGCUGCAUGCACUUUUCCUCCUCUGUCCAUCAUUUCAUGAAAUAAAUGUGGUUUCUUUGCAA